UAGGAAUUAUUAGUGCAUGGUUUUAUUCAUAAAAUAGGACUUAGCAAAUAUAUUAUGUCAGUACUAAGUGUAUUUUUUUGGAGCUGUAAAAUUGCUAAUUUAAUGGAGGUGCAUUAUAUACUUCUGCAAAAGAAUUUGAAAAAAGAACUUUCAUUUAAUAUCCUGCAUGUGUAUUUCUGAAAACUGUAUCAGGAGCCUUUUAUAGCUCUAGUUAUUAUAGUGGUAGCAAUAAUUGUGUUAAACAUGAAUUCUACUGGGAGAUUCAAUAAUGCGUUACUGAGGAGAUGUGUUCAGUAGAUAAAAUAAUCAUUUUGAAAAGGAGCAUAUUUCAGUAAAUGCUCAUUUAGAGAAAGAGGGUAUUUUCAAUAAUCUUUUAUUAGAAAAAGAAGCAUAUUUUCAGUAACUACUGAAGUGGGAAAAGACCAAAAAUUCAAUAUAACUUCUAAUGUGGAAAAGGAGCAUAUUUACUAGUAAAUGCUCAUAUUGAGAAGGAGCAAUUUUACAAGUAAAUGCUCAUAUUGAGAAGGAGCAAUUUUACAAUAAAUUUUCAUAUGGAGAAGGAGCAUAUUUUCAAUAAAGUUUAAUUUGGAACUGGAGCAUAUUUUAAAUAAAUAAUCAUAUGGAAAUGGACUUUAUGGAGCAUACUUUAGUAAAAAUUCAAUGAAAAAGGAGCAUUAAUAUUUAUGCAUUUUUAAAGUUAACACAGAAACUUGAAAAGUUUUUAGUGUAUUUUUUUGGGGUGUAAUUCAAACAUUUACAUCAAAUUCAAAGAAUAUUUAAAAGGAUUUUUGAAAAAAAAAACAUUUGAUUACUUACCAAAUGGUUCUCUUGGAAGAUAUUGCUACUAUAGAGUCUGAUGAGAUUUUUGGCAGAUUAUCAUUGUCUGCAUUGGAAAUCAAUAAGAACCUUAAGAAAUCUGAAGGUAUGCUUCAGUUAUAUAACACCUACUCACGGGUGAUUAAAUUCACAGAGCUUCCAGACCCUACAGACACAUGGGAGCUAGAGGACCUCAUAGGAGAGGGGACAUACGGAGAUGUUUACACGGCCAAACACAAAGUUACAGGAGAGAAGGUGGCUGUCAAGGUCCUGGACUCCAUCCAUGAAAUGAUAGAAGAAAUAGAACAGGAGUUUAUUAUCCUGAGUGAACAUGGAGACCAUCCAAACAUGCCAAAGUUUUAUGGGCUGUUCCUAAAACCUGGGAUGGACAAUCAGAUCUGGAUUGUGAUGGAGCUGUGUGGAAAAGGAUCAGUAACUCACUUAUCAAGAGAGGUGCAUCACCGUGAGGAGAAACUUGAUGAAAUGCUGAUAGCCCAUAUAUUACAUGAAACUCUAAGUGUGCUGGCACACCUACACUCACGACAUAUCAUACAUCGUGAUGUAAAAGGUCAUAAUAUACUCAUAAAUGAUAGUGGGGAAGUGAAAAUCAUUGACUUUGGUGUUUCAGCGAUUUUGGAAAAUAGUGCAGGCAGACGGAAAACAUCAGUAGGCACACCAUACUGGAUGGCACCAGAGGUGAUAGCAUGCGAAAGACAGUUAGAAUAUAACUAUGACAGUCGGUGUGAUAUUUGGUCCCUCGGUAUCACUGCCAUAGAGUUGGCAGAAAGUGAACCACCACUAUCAGAUCUCCAUCCUAUGAGAGCAUUGUUUAAAAUUCCAAGAAAUACAUCGCCAAGUCUACAACUACCAGAGAAGUGGUCACAGAACUUCAAAGACUUUAUCCAUCAGUGUUUGGUAAAAGAUUUUGAAGAGCGUCCCUCAGCCAAAGAAUUACUACAGCAUCCAUUUAUUACCAGUUUGCCUGCAGAUUCUUCUGUUUUUAAACACAGAUUAAAAGAUCUGACAGCCAAAAUGGAACCUAAAAUCCAUGAACCAGACAUCACAACAAAGAAGGGGAGAUUAAAAACACAUCGCAAAUCAAAGAAAGAACCUCUAGACACUGCUGAUGAUCUAACGUCAUUGGAAAUUCUAGACGAGGAAACAAUUGUAUCACAACUAUUUCACAGAUAUGCACAGACAAAGAUUUAUACCUACAUUGGAGACAUAUUGUUAGCUGUAAACCCAUUUACUCCUCUCACUAUCUAUGCUGAUGAGUAUGCUCAGAUGUACAUGAAUGCAGCCAAAGAUGACCAUCCACCUCAUAUUUUUGCAGUCGCUGACCAGUCAUAUCAAAUGAUGAUGCACAACAGAAAACAUCAGUGUAUUGUAAUCAGUGGUGAAUCUGGUGCUGGGAAAACAGAGAGUGCUAACUUACUAGUGCAGCAGCUAACACAGUUAGGGAAGGCCCCUAACCGGACAUUAGAAGAUAGAAUUUUACAAGUAAAUCCAUUGAUGGAGGCGUUUGGUAAUGCUCAAACUGUGAUAAAUAAUAAUUCCAGUAGAUUUGGGAAGUAUCUAGAGAUGUUCUUCACAAGUACUGGGACAGUUAUUGGUGCUAAAAUUACAGAAUAUUUAUUAGAGAAAUCCAGGGUGAUAUCACAAGCCAAAGGUGAACAAAAUUUCCAUAUAUUUUACUAUGUACAUGAUGGACUGGCCCAUGACCAGGAAGCUACAUACCAUUUAAAAGACAGUGCCAAAUACAGAUAUAUAGAUGAAUACACAAGCCGUACCAGAGAUGUAGCUUCCAUAUCCGUAAACAGGGUCAAGUUCAAGGGCAUACAACACUGUUUUGAUAUUAUAGGCUUCCAGCCUGAGGAAGUAAAAUCGGUAUAUGGUAUAAUAGCUUCCAUUUUACAUACGGGUAAUGUUGACUUUGAUGAGAAAGAUUCUACUCACGGAGGGGAAGCAUGUGUCAUCACAAAUAUGUAUUUGAUUGACUAUGUAUCUGAGCUGUUAGGUAUAAACAAGAAUGACCUUGUGGAGGCCUUUACCACAUCAGCUGUUGUUGCAAGAGGAGAGGUCAUUAUUCGGGACAAUUCAGUACCAGAAGCUUUUGAUGCUAGAGAUGCCAUGGCUAAAGCAUUGUAUGGUAGAUUAUUUAGUUGGAUAGUUAACAGAAUAAACUCUCUCCUGAAGCCAGGUUCAGCUAUGGACACAGACUCAGAAAACAAUUUUAUAAUAGGAUUACUGGAUAUAUUUGGUUUUGAGAACUUUCCAAAGAAUUCAUUUGAACAGUUGUGUAUCAAUAUAGCCAAUGAACAAAUUCAGUAUUACUUUAACCAGCAUAUAUUUGCCUGGGAAAUGGCCGAGUAUAAAAGUGAAGGAUUAGAGGGUAUCCAGGUAUCAUUUAUAGAUAACCAUCCGUUACUGGACAUGUUCUUGAUGAAGCCUAUGGGACUGUUAGCUUUACUGGAUGAGGAAAGUCACUUCCCAAAGGCAACAGAUGCAUCUUUAGUCGAAAAAUUUCACAAAAAUAUCCAGUCGAAACACUACAGCAGACCAAAAGGAAGUAACAUAACUUUCUACGUGGACCACUACGCUGGCCGAGUAGAGUAUGAUGCAAUGGGUUUCCUAGAAAAGAAUCGUGAUCGUCUUCCUGGAGAUGUCGUUAAUAUGUUACGGGCCUCAGAGAAUAUAGUUGUUAAAUCACUCUUCCAAACACACCUCACAAAAACAGGCAAUCUUGCCAGUGGAUCAAGAGGCCCAACCCCUGCAUCCAGUGCACUAAGUUCACCAUUUGGUUCCAUGUCUUCAAUCAAUGUACAGAGUUACUCAUCCAAACAGUCAACAGGAUAUGGUGGAAUGGGUGGAAGCAAGUAUCAUGGAUCAUCAUCAUCCAAGUAUUUGUACAGUAUUUACAGCGCCCUAGGUUCAGCAUCGACCAGCAUGACUAGAAUACAACAGACUGUUGCUACAUAUUUUCGAUAUUCUUUGAUGGACCUGAUGUCAAAGAUGGUGGCUGGUACUCCACAUUUUGUUAGAUGCAUCAGACCUAAUGGAGACAAUCUGCCAGAUCAGUUUGAUAAUGAAAAAGUUACAAUACAGCUAAGAUAUACAGGUGUACUGGAGACUACACGAAUUCGUAGGGAGGGGUACUCUCAUAGAAUACCUUUUGCUGAAUUUAUAAGAAGAUAUCAUAUGUUGGUAUUUGGUCAUGAAGAAAAAGUAGAAUAUUCCCGAGACUGUUGUUUUCGAAUGUUAGAGAGAUUGAAAAUGGAUAACUGGGCUCUAGGAAAAUCUAAGGUAUUUUUGAAGUACUACCACAUGGAACAGCUGGCCAGGAUAUUUGAGGAAAGAAACAAGAAAGUGAUAGUAAUUCAGUCUGCAGUUAGAAUGUGGCAGGCACAGAACAAGUUCCUCAAAUUGAAAUGGCAGAGAGAGAAAGCAGUUGUCAAGAUACAGUCAUUUGCCAGAAUGGUUAAUGCAAGAAAAGGUUACAUGCAAUCAAAGAAAAGACGACUACAAGCUGCUAUUUUAGUCCAAAAAUCUGUGAAAGGUUUUAUGGCCAGGAAAAAAAUUCAACCAAAAAUAAAGGAACAUAGGAGACAAAUGGAGGCUGCUGCAGUUGUAAUCCAAAGUAAAUAUAGGAGUUAUGCUGCUAUAAAAGAACGUAAACAUCUUUUAGCUGAAAAGAAAAGGUUAGAUGGACUUUUAUUGGCUGAGCAACAGAGAAUUGAGAGAGAAAAAAAGCAGAGGCUAGAAGAAGAAAGAAAACGACAGGAAGAGGAAAGGAAAAUAGCUGAGGAGGAGGCUAGAAGGGAACGUGAAGAAAAGGAAAAACAGAAAAAGCAGAAAGAAGUUAAAUUUAAGACAGAUAGUGCAAUAAAAAUACAAAGAGAAGAUGAACCAUGGACAGCUUUUAGAUCACACAGAGCUCAGAAAAUAGCUAAGGAAUUAUAUAAGACACGAGGCAUGGACCAAAGCCGUGCAGCAGUCCUGAUACAGACAUAUUUUCGCCAGUGGAAAUGUAAAUCAGUUUAUCAACAGCUUCAGCAAUAUAAAUCCCAGAAAGAACUGCAACUUAUUUAUUUCACUCAGCAGGUUGAGAACUACAGCCAAGAACUUUCCAAAACUUUAGAACAAACCAACUUUCCUAUAGCAGUAUCACACAGGAAAUCUGCAGUCAUUGAAAGAGAGAUAACUCCUCCACCAAGGCCAAUAACUCCUACACUACCAGAUAUUUCGGAUGAGAGGUUGGAGCAUAUGAGAAAAAUGCAGAAAAUUAAGGCUUUCAUAAGUGGUGACCAGGCAGAUUAUUACAAAAGGGUGGCUGGAACAAGACCAGGCUCUGUACAGACAAUACAGGCUGAUGUACAUGUUCCUCCUGUGCAUUUGAAUAAGAGAAGAGAAAUGAAGGGUGUAAUAGAACCUGAAACUGCUAAGUACUACAAUUCAUUUGCAGAGACAUCUGGUGAAAGCAAUACUGACACAAAUUUUAACAUAGAACCAGAUUUGAAUUCCAAUAAAGAGGAAUUACUGAAUGAAAAUGAUGUUAAUGACUUAACUAAGAGACUUGAAGACGAAUGUGCUCAAAGUAUUGUUCAUUUAUGGAGCAAACGCCAGCAAGUACCAGUCGAGGAUACCAAUAUUCCAGAAUCAUUAAGUGAUUCAAGACAUCGCCAGCAGCCACAGAUAUAUUUCCCUCCUCCUCCACCUCUACCUCCUCCUGAUUUGCCAUCCACAAGUAAAGUGCCACCUACGCCACCUCCACCACCACCGCCACCAGUAUCAACAAAAGGCAAAGCACCACUUCCACCAGCCAUUAAAAAAACAAAAGCGCCUCCUAUACCACCUCUAAUGUUGAAUGGAAACAGUUCACCAACAUCGCCAUUAUUACCGUCAGAUGAGAAUUCUAAUGUUUUACAGAGCAAGUUGAAACCAGUUGUACAGAAUGGAUUUAAAAAUGGUUCAGUGCCAAAAGUUCAGUUCCAAGAAAAGCAGAUUGGGCAGAAUGGACAUGCAGAUAUUGUUGAUGAAAUAAACAACAAUGAUGAUUUUGUCAAGAAAAGAUUACGGAAAACUAAUGUAGAUUGGACAAAAGGAACAUUACGGAAAAAAGCAACACAUGAAACGCAACAAUUUGACUUUAGAUCAAUGUUAAAAAAAACAGGAAGAUUGGAGAAGGAGCUAGAAACAAAAUAAUCUGUUGUUACACCAUGUGUGAAAAUACCAUCGAAAGAUCAACAUACUUUUAUUGUUUUAGUGGCUACUUGUCCUCUUUAACUGAUUAACAUAUAUUUCAUGAGAAUUAUAGCUCAAUAGAAUAUUAUGUCAAUAAGUUAUAUUUGAACAAUAGAAACUCGUUCCAGCUAACCCUGGAAUAAGUUUUAGAAAACAACAACUGUACUUGAAAAUCUGAUAAUGGUCUUUCAAUGGUAUUUAUAAAUCUUUUGUAAAUUUUUUUAUAUCAUUCAUAUCAAAUGUUAAAACUUAUUUCUACAUUAAGUUUGACAAUUUGAACGGAAAAAUUUAUUGACUGUGAUAGUUGAAAUAUAUUUUGUAGUUGACAUUGACUUUGUUGUAUUUUGUUCAUUUUAUAAAUGCCUGAAUAUUGACAAUUAACUAUACAUUACAGGAACAGCAUUCGCACAAUUUGAUUGUUAAUGAUGAACAUAAUUAUUAAACAAGUGUCUUUCCAACAAAUGAUACAACAUUGUAAGGUUCCUUUCUUUGUAAAUAUAGUUUUCAGAUUUGUACAUAAAUUAUCUAUUGCUGUGCUAUAUGAUCAGAAUAUUGUAAUGGGUUAUCUCCCUUGUCCUUGCUACUCAUGAUGCCAAUGUUUGGUUUUCAACAGCCAUGUUUAAGUGGUGUGACACAGGGCUGCUUAUUUCACAAAUCUUGCUUUUUUCGUAUUUUUUUCCUUCUCCCUACAUUUGUUUUCUUCUUUUCCCACAUCCACAUUUUUUACCCUAUAUCCCUCAUCCCCAUUUUUUUUACCCCCUAUAUCCCACAUCCCAAAAACGUGUCAUCCCCCUUAUGUUUUCUUAUGUAAAUGUACUGUUUAUUGCUUAAGUGUUCAAUGCUUUUCAUGUUUUUUUUAGUUUAGCCGAAUAUUAUGGGCUAGAUUUUAUAUGGUGCUUUUCAAAUUUUGCAAAUGUUAUACCUCUUUUCAUGCGUUUUUCUAUUUGAUUAUUUUAAAGCAGUAAUUUUAGAUAUGUUGACCAUGGAAAUUUGCUAAACAAAUCUGAAUAGUAUUUUUCCUAUUUUUCAUUGUGCUUAAAAAUUCAAAAUUGAAUAUCUGACUACAAACAUGUUGAAUUAUUAAUAACAUCUGCUUUAAAUAUAUAUUUUUCUUAUAUGAAAAUAUGUGAAAUUUGUUUCUAUGACCUAUUUAAUUCUUUAAGGAAAACCACUACCAAAAAGUCCUUGGAUUAUUUUAAAAGGAAAACAUUUCAAAAAAAAUUAUCUGCUAAGAACACAUAAUUGAAAACAAAGAACAAAAACUGGAUCAGAAUAAUGUGUCCUUGUAGGGUAAAAUGUCUUCUUUUAUCAGGGGCAUUGGUGUCCAAGUGGUCUCAGUUGUUACUAUUGUAUCAGUAGCCUGUCAACACUGAGGUUUGAGUUCUAAUCUGGCAUGUGGCAGGUGCACUCAACUCCAAUCUUAUUUGACUAGGAUUGUCAGUUUUCCUAACGAAGGUUGGUGGUUUUUUUUUUCAGCACUCCUGCUUCGUCCAUCAAAAAAAAAAUUGACCACCAUGAAAAAGCACAAAAGUGCUGAAAUUGGCAUUAAACACCAAUAAAGCAAUCUUCUUUUUUCCUUGUAAGAUACUACAUUAAUCAGCUGAUUCAGCUUAUCAGUAGAGGUUAAAAUAUGAAUCUGAAUAUUUGCCACUGAACAUCAAGCAUUCAGCCAGCGCAGUCUACUUUGAUGCCUUAUGUAGUUUUAUCCAAAAAAUUUAUAAUAGUUUUGGCCAGUACAUCAUUUGAAAUAAAAUAAUUGUAAAAAUAAAUGAAUUUGAUGUUAAAUCUGUGUUUUUGUGGUGUUCAACAUGUCAAUUGUGUAAAGCAUAUUUCUUUUUUUAUAAAUUGGUAUAUUUACUGUACAUUUAAAUUUUUUAUUAUAUUUUGAGAAUUAUUUGUACAUAUUUUUGUGGGAAUUUCAGAGAAUAGUGCCCAUUGAAUGUAUUAAUUAGUUACAAUACAUUGUUUGAAAUAGAAAUCCAGAUGCAAUGAUUGAAAUGAAAGCUUUAUACACAAUGGAAACUUUAUGGAUGCAGGUUGAAUGGUUUGUAUUAAGGGGCUUAUAAUAAUUUCAGAUGGCAAUGUUUUGUAAUAAUCUUUUAAAAUAUACAUACAUAAACGUUAGUAUUUUAUGCAUAUACAACUUUUAGAGACUUAUAAAUUUCAGCAAUUUUUUAUACGUCUGAGGAAGAGGUCCAAUUAUUUUCUUUCUUACAAAUCCUAGUUUAUUUUUUUUAUAACAUAUUGAGAUAAUGCUAAUGUUAUGAUAAAUAAUCAGGAUAUGAAGUUAUCUUUCACACAUUGUUGACCAUGACAGUUUAGAGUUGUUUCCCAUAGUUGAUCAUGACAGCAUAAAGUUAUCUCCCAUGGGUAUUAUUCUAUCCAAAGCAUAAUAUGAACAAAACAUGUCACAUAAAUGCUAUACAUCAAAAUAUUAUCAAGUAUAUUAUUAUCUACUACUUGAAUAAAUUAUUUUUCAUGAUUUUAAUAUAUGUAUGCAUUGUUACAUAGAUGUUUUGCCAUAUUUUAAUUAAAAAUCUUUUUGACCAUGAAAUGAUAUAUAUUUGCUCAUCAUAUGAAUUUUAAGAACUUUGUUUCUACUAAACUUUUCAUUGGUGAAUGUUGUCUCUGGAAUUAUAAAUACAUUGUAUUUAGCAAAAUGAAGAAAUCUUAAUUUUUUUAAAAAAAUUUCAUAUUUUCUUUGAUAGUAAUUGUCUAUAAAAGAUACUGUAUUCUCUAAUUUGUUCACUAUUUUCACAUUUCCCAACCGAUUGUGAAAACAUUGUUCUCCUCACUAGUGAAAUAUCUGUUCUCGACAAAUGAUUGGUUGAAAUUUAAUUAUGACGUUAAAUUUUCUUGGUUUCUUCUGAAUUUCCUAUUGUGACGUCAUGAAAAAGGCGACCAUGCCUGAUGACAUCACAUAUAAAGAACACAAUUUUCUGCAAAUCUUUCAGAAGGAAAGAUAAAAAUCAUUAGAGAAACAGAUUCCACCACUAUAACUCAUGUAUUACGAUAUUUCUCCACUCUCAACAGUUAAAUUUUAUUAAUUUAAAAAGCUAAGCAAGCCUCGCGCUUUAAAUAUUAAAAUUUAACUGUCUCGGGUGGAGAAAUAUUGUAACACACUAGUUGUUGUGGUGAAAUCUAUAUUUCCCUGUGUUCUGAGUGCACAUAUAAACUUUUUCAUGGAAAUCCCUUAUUUGAUUGUCAUUAAUGUUUUAUCUUCAGCUUAUGUUAGUGGUUUAUAAAAAAAAAAUUUUCAUGCAACCUGUCCUAUUGGUAAGAAUUUAUUACAACCAUUCUUUUUAUUCUACGCAUUAUAUUAGAACCAAAUGCUAUAUCAGUAGUCUCUUUAAGAAUGUUAGUUAGAUCUGUCUCUGGUUAGACGAACCAUACAUUUUCUGAAAAAUUUAGAACAUGAUUUCUAUAAAUAAAAAUCUUUUUUCUAUGCUUGUUAAAAGUUUUAAAAUGUGACCACGACGUAUCAUUCCAUGAACGCUUUGUUCAAAUUUCUUGUGGAGUUUUUGUUCAUGCUGAAAAUAGCAACUUAUGUUACUCAAAUGAAAAUAUUUUAUUAUAAAACCGAAAAAUCAAUAUUCAGUAUUCUUGCAUUAACACAGUUACUCUAUAUAAAAAAAGUAUAAUAAAAUAUUUCUAACAUCAUUUUCAAUAGACACAGAAAGUCUUGAAACAAACAUAUAGUGGUUUUUACUCUCUUAAAAGUUUUAAAGAAGCCUGCAACCAGUUUGGUUUUUGAAUGACAAAUCUGAUGACUAUACUAAAAUACCCUACUUGUAAUUGUUUUUACUAUACACAUUUUUUCAUUUAUAUCAGAAAAGGCAAUUUUUUGUUACAGUGCAUCAGAAAAUUGUCCCACUUUAAACUACAGAACUUGUAUAUUUCUCAGUCCGGUUUACUGUAAAUUAAAAUUCACUAAUAGUAUACCCCACUGCAUAUCUCCAUCUUGCCAAAAGGAUUUAUGUACAACUGUUACAAAAUCAAUCAAAAUUCCAGUUUUUGGGGUAAAGAUUGCAUUCAUGCAAUCAAAAUCCUUAUGUGGCUGGCUUGAUAGCUCAAUUUCAAGAUUUUAUCACUACUUUUGAUAUACACAAAACAUAGUGCAUUGAGUACAACUUUCUAUACAUCCUACCUAUGAAAAUUUCUAGAAAUAUAUCAAUGAAAUAUAUACUCAGAUACUGAAGUUACAAAAUGAUGUGUAUGUGUAUAACCAUACUUGUCAAGAAAAUUACAUAAAUUGUGCAUAGUGCAUGAAUCUAGUAUCUGCUCUAAAAAAAAUAAAUUGGAGUUAUCUUCCUUUAUACAUAAUUGUAGUUGAACCAAUUACAAUUAUAUCUCCAAUUCAUAGUAUUACAUUCCAAUGUCUAAUACAAUUCAGUGUUUAAUUUUAAGUUUCCACUGCAAAAUAAAUGUAACCUUUACCCUUCAGUGCUCACAAGCACUUUGAUUGUAGUAAAUGUACGUGUAUUCCUUGCAGUUUCAGAGUGUUUGUUUAAAUCAACAAACUAGCCAUUCAAUCAGUCUUUCUUCUAUUUAUUGCCCCCUUCACAUAUCCCGCAUAAACUGGUCACUGUUUAAUGAGGGAGCAGUGUAGAUGCUAAUACAGACUUUGAAUAUACACAUAUUUGUAUCACAGUAAAUUAGUCCCUAAUUACUUUUAAUAAAACAUGGAUUCUAUUAAAUGUAAAUUUGUUUUGAAUACACAAAUGGUGAAAAUUAGCACAAAUAUAAAAUGUAUCAGAAUGUGCUAAAUGAUGAACAGUGAAUUUGACUUAAGUUAUUUUGUUAUUUUUUAUGGUAUGAAUAUUUAUUUUUUAUUGUUCUAUCCAGAAUCUAUAUAUUUAUUGUUGAGUUGUGACUUGUUGAAUUGUGACAUGUUGAGUUGUGACCUGUUGACUGACAUGUUGAGUUGUGACAUGUUUGUUAUUGACUAAUGUGAUAUGGAAGAUAUAUCUAUAAAAAUUAAAGAACUGAUCAAAUUAA